AUGGCAUCAAAAUACGACAUCGAAACAUACCUUCUCGACAAGUCUCACAUUUCAGAUACCAUCACCCGCAUGCUGCUAGGAUUUGACCGAGAAGACUACACCUCCUUGAUCAACGACGUCUACGCCCCCGACGUAGAUCUAGACUACGACCCUCUACUAGGCGGAAAAUCAGAAACACUACCCAGUCUCGAAUGGACCAAGCGUUUGGCGAAAACUCACGAACCCUAUGAUACCACGCAGCAUGUCAUUCUUAAUCUCCUGAUCAACCUCCCGAACCCUGGAUCGGCGUACCCGCCGGAGAAAUGUACCGCGGUUGCAUAUGCUCAUGGUCAUUUCUAUAAGAAAGACGAUGAAGGUGUUCCGACUGUUCUGGCGAUGCGGCAGGGAGGGAGAUAUGAGCUUGAGUUCAUCCGUGGUGGGGAUUCGCCUCCCGGAUCGAACUCUUGGCGAGUGAAGAAGUUGAGCGUGAGGUUGGAUUGGAGGGAUAAGCCGGAGUGA